AUGCCGAGCACCUUAGGUGGUCAUUUUGUUGAAGCCCAGUCUCAUUCGACCAAAGACUCUCCCAGUCCUGGUUUAUCGUCGGCUUCAGUGUCUUCCAACUUUCAAUCUGCGUUGCCUCGUGCAGGACGCGACUCAGAGGAACACCAAUUAGCCAACGCCGUUUGGAAGGAGCUGGAGCGUGAAUUCAUUGAUGCUGUUUCCACUGUGCAGCCAACCAGUGGGUAUGCCAUAGAGUCAACCAGCCAAAACAAGACGUCGCGUCAGCCGCAAAUCGAUCAGGCUGAGGCUUAUAUCCAUCAAUUUGGCCCCUCCAUUGACGUCGAUGGUGUCUCUGAGGCAGAUAGGGUAUCUGCUCGCGAUGGUGGCUCCACAGUUCAACGUGGUGGAACCCGGGGGGACGACUUACACGGAUUUCAUCCGGUUUCUGUAGGUUCGCACGACUUCGUCCAGCCAGUCGUUGUGUUGGGACCAGAACAACGGGGUGAUAGCAGUCAUGAACUUCAAGGUAGUCUCAAGUUGGGGGAGAAUAUACAAGAUCCAAAGCAAAAGGGGACCGGUCAUCAGGGUGAAGAUGAGAGUGAAAUGCGCGAAUCAUCCGGUCUUGCGUCAACACCGAUAGAGUCUUCACCGGCAUAUAGCCCGGCUAGCAUCACCAUUUUUCCAACUCAGCAGCCAGUAUAUCCACCUUUGCCUGGUGGUUGGCCCAGCUCCCCAUAUUAUACGCCCUAUGGUGCGGGAGCCCCGUUUCUCGCACCCCCGCCUCAAGCGCUAGGAGCCCACCACUUAUCUUCUCCAUAUUUUGACGAAUGGUCUACUUGCGCUAGACGGGUGUGGGAACAUGAGGAAGCCACAACCAUGAAAUGGAAAGAUGAUCUUUCUAGUAUGUUAGUUUUCGCUGGCCUCUUUUCAAUCGUUCUCGCCAUCUUCAACAUCUAUCACUAUGCGUCACUUCAACCACUAUCGUUCAGCACUACUGCGCAGGUUCUCACCUUAAUAUCCUUGCAAUCAAACAUGCACUCUCCCAAUGCUGGUCUUACUUCUCCUGUUCUUCCUGCAUCGAUGGGUUCGUCACAGGUGUUAUCAAUCCAAUCAAUUGCGAUCAGUGGGUUGUGGCUUUCAGCGUUGAUUCUAAGUCUCUGCGCAGCUUCCAUAACAAUAUCUGCAAAUCAGUGGCUGAAUUUCCACCGGAGGCAGCCGGUCGUCCCUUCCCGCCAGAGCGUUCGCAUCUGGCAUUUUCGUCGUCGAGGUCUUGUCAAGUGGCGUGUCCCAUCAGUCAUCGGAGUACCACCCGUCCUCUUGCAGAUAUCACUUGCCCUAUUUCUUAUAGGAUUGGUGAUCUUCCUCUGGCCAUUUGACCUUACCAUCGGCAUUAUCGCAACAGCCCUAGUCAGCUUAGCGCUGGCGAUUUCUGUGGGCACGGCGAUUAUUCCUGCGUUUGCGGCUGAUUGUGCGUACAAGUCUUCUGAAGCUUGGUGCUGGUUCCAUAUAAUACAAAACGCCAAAGCCUUGCUUCGAUUUGUCGCAGAGGCCAUCAACACCAAAUUACAUUCACACUCUAUUUAUCAGCUACUAAAAGUGUUGGAUGCCUCAUUGAAGGUCAAGAAUUGGCGACAAUUCGAGUCAUUUGCUCUCAAGACAUCCAAGAUGGAUGAUCCAGAGGAUCUCACAAUGCUUGUGGAUGUUGAUGCAGUGACGCUCGAUAACAGCUUUCUUGAGACAACUAUGAGACGCGUACUUCUUCAAUGCAGCGACCCUGCCAACGUUCUUUCUGCAUACCACGUCAUCAUGGAACAUCGAGCACAUUCAAUUGAUGACUCUAAUCCUCCUGUGCUGGAUUGGCGGCGUAGCGAAAUGGAUGAUCAGUCUGUGGUUGUUCUAGGGAAUAUGUCUCUUGACGUUCUAUCGAAGAUUGCUGGAUCUGAUAUGUCAGAUGUCGAUACACAUCAGCUUCGCAUUUUGGACAUCCUUCAUCAUUUACUUGACGCAAUGCCGAGUACGCAGCCCGAAACCUAUCAAGGACUGGUCCAGAAAUCUGGACUACCCGAUAUAUCACGACGAGUCCGGAGUGAGAUAUUCACGGAAAUCAGUUACUUCUCAAGCAAAUUUGAGCUUAAAGGCCCUGAUGUACACGAAAUGAUUACACAGAUAACGUCUUUUGCACGAGAGGUUGAGCUUUCGGCGCUCUUCCAACUACUAAGGGCAAUGCUACAUCUCGCAGGCAAAUUGCGUUUGUUUGAUUCUAAGGCCUUUUUAGACGAUGUCCGCCGUACACUAUCAGCCGUGAUGAAGAGCGUCCAAGCAGCCAUGGACGAAUCUAGUACCAAGUCUGAAGAGUCGGAUGCAGAGGUUCAGCGCAGCUUACGAUCGCUGUCAGUUCUCGUGGACGAGGUCAUACCCUUGGCGCGUUCGUAUCCGGGACUGAUCACUGCCGACCUGACUACGUCAUUGUCCCGUUUCGCUUCAAAACGUAUGAACUAUAUCUCCCUGUAUUCUACAAUACAACACGGCCUCGACGAACUGCACAAAACGGGGAACCCGAUCCAACCGCAGAUUGAAUCGGAUCCUCCUGUCAAAUUACCCCCUGGAUUCUUACCUAUCACAAAUUUUGACCAAAGUAGUUACAUGAUGGUGUAA